AUGCCACAGUUGCUGGGAUUCCGGCUCCUUGCGGCAGCCCGGGCACCCGAAGGAAGGGCGUGUGGAGGGGCCUGGGCUGGAGAUGCAGGGGCCCGGGAAAGCGCCUGCCUUUGCCUAGAAAUUGCGUGCUCCUUCCAGAUGCCGCCCUCUGUCAGAGAUGUGAUGUCCCAGCCACCCUCCCGGCAACAGUUCCCAGAAGCCACGACAUGUCCCUGCAGCUGGAGGCUUUCAAAGGGUGACCCAGGAGGCAUCGUCUGCCCAGUGUGGUCUGAGGAGAAAGGAAGCUUCCCAAGAAGAUGGGAUCCCCCCAAGUCAAGGAAGGAGCCAGAGGAGUCAAAGGACGAGGACACCAUCUGCCUCCACACAGGUGCAAAGCACAGCAGCUCAGAAGACAAAAAGGAGAAGCACUUGGCUUUACCCAGACUGCUGUCCCUGACUUUCAGGAAUCUUGGUCCCAGUAGUGCCCCCACCCCAAAUCUCUUCCACUAG